UUCGUUUUCCUUUAUGUUUCGACCCAACACGAUGUUUUCACAGUUUAGUUUGAAACCAUUGGAAGAAGUUGCAGUUUUUGUUUCUUUUCAGUUGUUUUAAGUUCCUAAGUUGAAAUGGAUUUGUUCUGUUUUUGUUUAUGGUUUUCCUUGGUUUGUUUUUCUUUCUCGGGCUUAGCUGUUGCGCAAAGCGGCAGAAUGUUUAGAAGUUCAUGUGCUAUGUGUGCAGAGAACGAACAGUGCGUACAAGAACCAGAUGGUUCAGUGAUCUGCCUGCCAGAGGAUUUUCAAUGUCCAUCUGAACUAUGCUCUGAUAAUGGAGACUGUUUCCCAGAAGGUCAUGAAAUUCGGUGUGAAUGUUACCCUGGUUGGUCUGGUGAAUUCUGUGAAGUUAAUAUUGAAUAUCUUGAACAUGAACUUCCAUGUGGUGACUGCGAACCACCAUGCAUGCCACAUGAAGAGUGUAUAAGGCGGAAUGGUGAAGCACAUUGUGUUGAGCGGGACAUUGGGUGUCCGGGAUGUGAGCAUGGGGAGUGUCUGAUGGUGGAAGGAGUAAGAUUAAUAUGUGUUUGCUAUGAAGGUUGGUUUGGUCAUCACUGCGAAAUGAAUAGAAACCUCAUCGCACAUGAUUGUGACCCACCAUGCGAGAAUGGAAAAAAAUGUGUUUUUAAUGAAAGAAGUGAAUCUGAUUGUGUUAUAUUUGAUGAGGAAGAUUGCUCCAAUGAACUUUGCUCUUCUCAUGGAGUUUGUGAUCUCACUCAUCUGUAUCCAAGGUGCGAUUGUGAUGAAGGAUGGUUUGGUCAUCACUGCGAGCGUAGUAAAGAUAAUGAUGAUGGUCACGAUGGCGAUGGCCACAAAAACAAUGGUGACGGCCACAAUGGCAAUGGUGACGGCCACAAUGGAAAUGGUGACGGCCACAAUGGCAAUGGUGACGGCCACAAUGGCAAUGGCGACGGCCACAAUGGCAAUGGCGACAGCCACAAUGGAAAUGGCGACGGCCACAAUGGAAAUGGCGACGGCCACAAUGGAAAUGGCGACGGCCAUAAUGGCAAUGGUGACGGACAUAAUGGUGACGGCCACAAUGGCAACGAAGGAGAUAAUGAGUGCCACCCACCAUGUGAACCACCAAGCAGAUGUGUUAGGGGAAGAGGAAGGAGGGAAAGAGGAGCUCCUCAAUGCAUGCAACCACCAAGAGGCUGUGAAUCUGAAUCUUGUGUUAAUGGAAGGUGUAUGGAUACCCGAUAUGGUUUCAAAUGUCAAUGUGACGAAGGAUGGUUUGGUAGAAGAUGUGAGAUGCAAGACACAGAUGAAUCCUCCGGGUAUCCUGAUAAAGAGAAGGAGUGUCAUCCUCCGUGUAGAGGACACAAAAGAUGUAUGAAGAUUGGGAGUGGACCAGCAAGGUGCAUUAAAACAGGAAGAUCAGUUGAAGCGGUUCCACAACCAACCUCAUGCCUACAACUUCCAUGCAAGAAUGAAGCUACAUGUGUUAGUGAUCUUGUGACUGGGUUCAGAUGCAAAUGUACGAAUGACUACACCGGUACCUUGUGUGACAAACCCAUCCCAUAUUCAAACACCAGUGUCUGUUACACCAAACCUUGCAAGAAUGACUGUGUAUGUAUACCAUCAUUAACACAUGAGAUGGGAUACAUAUGUCGUGGGGGAAAUGGAUUCAUUGGAAAGAAUUGCACAAUAGCUAUCCCAAUCUUGAACUGCAACAAAAACGAAAUUCAAAUUUCAAUUUCCCAACAAUUCUACCUUGAAUUUGACGCCAAACUUCGCAACAGUUACAUGUACAUAUCUGCCAGUAUAUCAGAACAACACGACUCUAACAAUAUCUGCCAAGGAACUUUAGUCAACGGCAGUUACAUCUUCAAACUCAACCUUCCAUUUAACGACUGUGGGACAAAACAAACUUAUAACACCGACCUUGUAUCGUUUACCAACAAAAUCUGGAUCAACCGACAUCUAUCCGGUAACUUUGACAUGCCGGUACCGGUGAUACAGUUCACGUGCAUCUACUCGAGUGAAUACAGUGUGGUGAUGUCACUUCAACCUGUAGUAAACGUAAGCAUGCAGAACAUCACCGAGUACGGAAACUUUGAAGCCGUUGUGAAUAUUUGUCGAAUUAAAUCUUGCCCGUCUGCUUGUCCUACUCAACAUUCAUUGAAUGAUGGAGCAGCAUAUACAGUUGGUGACCAGGUUCAUCUAUCUGUUAGUACAACCAAUAUUACAAAGGCAUUCAUCCGCAACCAAACCACCAUCACAGUGAAGGAAAUGUAUUUAUCUUGUUCUCGAUACCAAGACUCUGGUUCGGCCAUUCAAUUAAUACACCAAGGUUGUUCAGUGGGUUCUGGGAUCUCCAUGUCAGUAACCACCGGCAACACAAAUAACUCAACAGUGCCAGCGUGUGUCUCGUUUCAACUUCCCAUUUCAUCAAGCUCAAACUGCCGAACGAUAUUCAUACAUAUAAGACUUCUUCUGUGUUCUAAUGAACAACUGCAGGAAUGUUCUUCUGGAUCUGGGAUCAUGAAAUGUCCCUCAAGGAGAAAGAGAUCAAUCAAUGAUGCUGAAUUGGAUGCAGUGGUUGGUCCUAUCUCUGUGAUCCCAGGAGAGCAGGGAGGAGACAUCCUAGAAGUGUGGGAGGGAGAUAGAUUUGCUCCACUAGGUGAUGUUUGGAGCAGAAAUUCACGACUUUAUGGGGUGCUGGAUCAAUCGGAUCCAACUGAGUUUGGUUUACAAACUGAAUAUGUUUGGUUCGUUGUUGGAAUCGUCUCCUUAUCUCUGUUCGUUGUAGCACUCCUAGUGGCCAUUAUAUGGAGAUUAUGUCGUCGACGUUGCGCUACAGCUAAUAUUACCCCGAAAUAAUUUUUUUGUUAUUUAUUUAUAUUUGUUGUUGUGCAAUACAUUCAUCCAAUGGUUCA